GUGUGUUUCUUCAUUACGCUGCCGCCUCCGUCCUGUCCGAGCUGCUGGAGGAAACAGAUGACUUGUCCGCUGCACUGACCCUCGUCUCUGCCGCUGAAGUCCUCCGAGGGUUAAAUCAGAGAACUAAAGUCCUGAAGGAGCGAGUUUAGGAGAUGCAGUGAUGCAGUUCGCCACAGACUGACCCCACGUUCACCGAACCAACCCUGCCUUGUGCUUCGAUGAGCUGCCGGCUCUAAAUCCUCCUCCUGAGCGCUGAGCGGUGGGUGGGGCUAGCCCUGCCAGGGGGCGUGGUCUGAGAUGGACAGCCAAUGCAGCGGCAGCAUCGACUCCCGGCAAACCAGUAGAGGUUUGAAUGCUACGCUGGUCUCUGUGAGGGGGGAGUCGUACGAAGCUGGUGAGAAGAAGUGCAUCUCGGACGUGAGGAGGACCUUCUGCCUCUUCGUCACCUUUGACCUCCUGUUCAUCACCCUGCUCUGGAUCAUAGAGCUCAAUGUGAACGGCGGCAUUCAGAAGCAGCUGGAGAUAGAAGUCCUGCACUAUGACUACCACGCCUCCUUCUUCGACAUCUUUCUGCUCGCCCUGUUCAGGUUUGCCAUUCUGAUCCUGGCCUACGCCGUCUGUAAGCUGCGUCACUGGUGGGCCAUCGCUAUCACCACUGCAGUCAGCUGUGCUUUCCUGAUUGCUAAAGUCAUUUUAUCAAAGCUGCUGUCUCAGGGGGCCUUUGGGUACCUGCUACCCAUCAUCUCCUUCGUCUUGGCCUGGAUAGAAACGUGGCUGCUCGACUUCAAGGUUCUGCCUCAGGAGGCCGAAGACGAAAACAGAUUUCAGUCCAUCAUGGACGCCACAGAGCGAGCUCCUCUCAUCGGUCCCGGUCCGUUAUCUGACGGACAGUUCUACUCUCCUCCAGAGUCUCUGGCAGACUCUGACGAGGAGCUGGAUGAUAAACACGAUCCAGUUAAAGGGCUCAUUUAGCAGCGACUCACCAGGAUCCUGAAGAGUUUCUCCUGCUGCUGAGGGAAAAUUCUGCCUUACUUGUUCUGCCAUUUUAGUUUUUAGCCAUCCCAAAGAAAGUCUUUGUCUGUUCAUAUCCACGAAUGCAGCUCACGUUGUGGUAUCCGCACGCACAGACCAGGAAGAGUUUCAGUGUCACAACUUCUGCUCAUUUAUAACUGAACUGGACCUUCAAAAAGAAUUCAUAUUCAUGGGUUUUUAUACACAAAAAAAAGCACCUCGACUCCCAGGUGAGGGAGAAGACGUUGGUUGAGUAAAAGUAAAUCAACACUUUUUAGAUUUUUUGUGUGCAACCACAAUUGUUGUUACUUUUUUUUUUUUUUACACAGUUUUUGACAAAGCGUUUGUUUAUUUCUUCUCUAAGGUAUUAACGUCUUAUAUUUCUAUCAUCAUGUUUACUUUUUAAUUUGUUGAUGAUUUUCACAAACUUGGAUUUGACGUCACUGUAAAGGAAAGAAGCUCCACAGACUCCACUUAAAGAAGGGAAGGAUUUUCCAGCCAGUACUGAGUUCAUGGACCUGACUGUAGCAAACCAAGACACCAACAAACAUAUCUGACUACUUAGAAGUCUUAUGAAGGCACUGCAGCAACUUGCAUGGAACAAUAUUGUACCGAUAUUAUAAAGGUUUAAGCAGUUCUGAUUGCUUCGAAAGGUGGGUAGAUUUGAACUUUAGAACAAAAUGAGCCAUAACUGUGCAGCCUUUCUGCACUGCAUUAAAGAGAAGCUGCUGACGGGGAGAAGAAGGUGAAUCUAAGUGUACAUAUCUUCUGCAUGCCUUGCCAGCUCAGUGCUUUUGUUUUUAUGGGAAGCUUGUCUGUAUAACAGAAUCAUUAAAAUGUGAAACCUCG